AUUUUAUGGGUUUUGGUGUUGGGUAAUGAAGGGUUCUUCUUGCCCUCUAAUGGAGGGAUUACAAGCUCCUUUGUUAGGAAUGAAGAAAAAAGCAUUGACAUGCCUUUUGAUAGUGAUGUAUUUAAGGUUCCUCAAGGCUACAAUGCCCCUCAACAGGUCCAUAUAACACAAGGAGAUCACGAGGGAAAAGCAGUGAUAGUGUCGUGGGUGACGGCAGAUGAACCCGGUUCAAGCACGGUUAUUUAUUGGCCUGAAGAUGGCACCCAAAAAGACCAAGCCACAGGCCAAAUCACCACUUACAACUACUACAACUACACCUCUGGUUACAUCCAUCAUUGCACCAUCAAAAAUUUAGAGUAUAACACCAAGUAUUAUUACGAGGUCGGGAUCGGACAUACCACAAGGACAUUUUGGUUUGUGACACCUCCGGAGGUCGGCCCUGACGUGCCCUACACUUUUGGAAUCAUCGGGGAUCUUGGUCAAACAUACGAUUCUAAUACAACGCUUACACAUUAUGAAAUGAAUCCGGAGAAAGGUGAGUCAGUGUUGUAUGUUGGUGAUUUGUCUUAUGCCGAUCAUUAUCCGUUCCAUGACAAUCGGAGAUGGGAUAGUUGGGGAAGGUUCGUUGAAAGAAGUGUCGCUUAUCAACCUUGGAUAUGGACCGCCGGAAACCAUGAGCUUGAUUAUGUUCCUUCUCUCGGUGAAAGUAAGCCAUUUAAGCCUUUUCUUCAUCGAUAUCGUGUCCCUUUUGAAGCCUCGGGGAGCACAGAACCCCUUUGGUACUCGAUCAAGAGGGCUUCGGCAUAUAUCAUCGUAUUAUCUUCCUAUUCCGCAUACGGUACGUACACUCCGCAAUAUAUGUGGCUGAUGGAGGAACUACCGAAGGUUAAUAGAAGCGAAACUCCAUGGUUGAUCGUUCUUAUGCAUUCUCCGUGGUACAAUAGCAACACGUACCAUUAUAUGGAAGGCGAGACCAUGCGGGUUAUGUUCGAGUCAUGGUUUGUUCAGUACAAGGUUGACGUUGUGUUUGCUGGUCAUGUUCAUGCUUAUGAGCGCUCGGAACGUAUAUCCAACAUUGCUUAUAACAUUGUGAAUGGGGAAUGCACUCCUGUCCAUGACCAAAAUGCCCCUGUGUACAUUACCAUUGGAGAUGGAGGAAACAUUGAAGGCUUGGCAACCGAAAUGACAGACCCACAACCGAAAUAUUCGGCAUUUAGAGAAGCGAGUUUUGGUCAUGCAACGAUGGCGAUUAAAAACCGAACGCAUGCAUAUUACAGUUGGCACCGCAAUGUCGAUGGGUAUGCCGUUAAGUCGGAUUCCAUGGUGUUUUACAACAGAUAUUGGUACCCGAAGAAUGAUUCUACAAUCCAAACUUAA